GAGACCGAGAGAAAAAAAAACAGGCUGUGAAGGCAGUGGAAAACAGAAGAGAAGGGUGAGCGGAGAGAGUCCCUGUUCGUUCUUCCGCGCUGUACUCGGUGGCAUCCUCUGUCCCAGUCUCUCAGGCAAUGUUAAACAUCAAACAUUCCUCAAAUCCAACAGUGAAUCACAAUCAACUUGAAGUUAAAUGGAGAGAUUCUACAUUCCACAGUGUCCCACAGAAACUGACGCUGAUUUAAGGACCAACUUCCUGAACCAAAUCCCCGCUGUCUAAAUGUUGCAGGGAGAGAUAUCCAUGUCAUGACUUUUUGCUCUACGCAUCUCAAACACAGCACCACUGAUAUGAAUUGUAAGGUCAUUUCAAGCAUCUAAAGUGAUUUAGAUUUGACUAGCUCACCAUGGCAAGGACUCUGGGCCUCAACAACAUUUUUCCUAAAACAACGACAACAAAAAAAGGAAAGAACAACUAGAGCAAUAAUCUGUCAUUUGAUCGCCAUAAUUGUCGAGAGCCUGCCCGUCCUUCUCUUCCUCUGAUUCGUCGCUUCUGUUUCCUCCCUACCCACAAGCCCAUGCUGUUACACAGGUGGAUCGGUGUGGUUCACAAACCAACCAGCGUGAAAGCCAUUAUGUACUUUAAUUAAGUCACUGGUGCACAAGCGAACUGCUGCGACUUCCUACUGGCCCAGUUCCUUAGAAACAUAAACGUCUCUCGCUGGGUACCUGAGCGAGGUUGAGGGGGCUUGAAGAAAGUGGCCAGAGUCAUCCUUUCCACUCAGGUGCCGUCCUAUCGGUGUGGACGGUGAGGGCUGCAGCGUGAUUGGCCGAGUCCAGGGCAGGAGUGCGAUGCGGAUUGGAGGAUGUCGGGGGACUGGGAAGAAGACCUGUGUAAGAAGGCGCUGGUACUGGUGGAGGAGCUCUGCUUCCGCUCAGGUGGCUACAGCCACAGUGCCAGCUGCCAGGAGUUCAGCUACAUGAUGAGGGGACGCAACGGCCAGGUGGACACAGAGAUCUCGGUGAGUCUGCUCUCGGUCAUCGUGACGUUUUGCGGUAUCGUGCUGCUCUCGGUCUCCCUUUUCGUCUCCUGGAAGCUUUGCUGGUUGCCAUGGAGAGACAAAGAGGGCGGGGGUCUCAGCCUGAUGGCGGGGCUCCUCCCCGGAGGGGCGGGCCUCGGCGGGGUCGGGGGUGGCGGAGGAUCCUCCCUCCUGCCUCCGCUCCUGCAGAGGAAGGACACUCACUCCUCAUCCUCUCUGUACCCAUCUCUGUCACAGCCUGGCCAGCAUCACCCACACUUCUCAGAUCUGAUGGGCGUGGAGGGGGGAGGGGGGAAUGUGGUGGGCGGGGUCGUGGGCGGGGUCGUGGGCGGUCCUCAGGAGACGCAGGAGCACUCCUACCUGGACAUGGAUUCAUACCCCAACAAUGCAGGGAACCUGAAGAUGAGCCAGACGUCUCCGGAACUGCCUCCAACGUCGGAUGCCAGCUCUGCGCCCAAAGAUCCGGCCAAUGCUCAUUCCCAGCAGGCCACUGCUAGGCCCAAGCCUAUGACUCAUCAGCUCUCGAGUCCUGAUUUCCAUGGUGAGGAGAAGAGUGAGCAGGUGACCAGCAUUGGCCAGAUCAAACCGGAACUCUACAGACCACGCCAAGGGGAGCUGGGAGACAGUAAGCAGGGCGACAACUGUGGCAAGAUCAGCUUCCUCCUCCGCUACGCCUUUAACACAGAGCAACUGGUGGUCAAGAUUCUGAAAGCUCUGGACCUGCCUGCUAAAGACGCCAACGGCUUUUCUGACCCCUACGUUAAGAUCUACCUUCUGCCGGACAGGAAGAAAAAAUUUCAGACCAAGGUGCACAGGAAGACCCUGAACCCCAUAUUUAACGAGACCUUCCAGUUUGGCGUUCCUCUGGCCGAGCUGCAUUCUCGCAAGCUGCACUUCUCCAUCUACGACUUCGACCGAUUCUCUCGACACGACCUCAUAGGCCAGGUGGUGGUGGACAACCUGCUGGACUUCAGUGAGAGCAGCGCGGACAAGCCUGUCUGGAGGGACAUCGUGGAAGGAACAGCGGAGAAAGCUGAUCUGGGGGAGCUGAAUUUCUCACUGUGUUACUUACCUACUGCUGGCCGGCUGACUGUCACUAUUAUCAAGGCCACGAACCUCAAAGCCAUGGACCUGACAGGCUUCUCGGAUCCAUAUGUGAAAGCCUCCCUGGUUUGCGAGGGCCGUAGGCUGAAGAAGAGGAAAACGUCCAUUAAGAAGAACACACUGAACCCCACGUACAACGAGGCACUCGUCUUCGACAUCCCCAACGAGAACAUGGAGAACAUGGCCCUGGUCAUUGCCGUCAUGGACUAUGACUGCAUUGGUCAUAAUGAGGUGAUCGGGAUGUGUCGUCUGGGCAGUGAUGUUGAAGGCCCCGGGAGAGAGCACUGGGCGGCCAUGCUGGCCAAUCCUCGCAAGCCCAUUGAGCACUGGCACCAGCUGGUGGAGGAGAAGUCUAUUAACACAUACGUAUCUAAGAGCGCUACAGCAUCACCCAAACCACACAUUGUGGUAGACAGUCCUCACUCUGAAUAGAGAUGUCAGCAUUGUCUUUUAGCUCCAGACACAUUCUUUCUCAUCUGUGAAUAAUUCUCUCCAUCAGUGACAGAAGUGAAGGAGAGAGACUCUGCUAGCUCUGGUACUGUUCUGCUGUGAAUAAUAAACCUAACCUACAGACCAAACAACAAUAUAGAAAAUAAAUACUGAGUAGUAGAUCAAAAACAAACACACACACACACACACACACAACACGGUUAUUAAUAUCCUCAUUGAAAAACAUCUUUGCUAUGUAUGCAGGUAUGACCUUAAAGGUGGUAAAUAUAUUGGUUUCUUCAGGGGAUAUAUGAUGCACAUUCCCGAUCUGAAAAUCUUAAAAAAAAAAACCAAAAAAAAAAACCAAGCAAACAAAAAAAACAUAAAUAAAUAAAUAGAAUAUCUUUAUUUAGUUAUUUAAAACUGAGCCUGAAAAAAAAAGAUUUUUAAAAAACUAGAUAUAAUCAGGAGGACAAUAAGGAGGACAAUAAGAUGUCUAACUAUGGACCAUUUAGGGUAUGUUUGUGGUUUACAUGUGUGUGCGUUGUGUGUUGUGAGUGAGCGUAGUUAAGAAAGCUCUAGAAAAUCACUAGCUGGUUUUCAAUGGGACAGGUGUGUGCAAAGUUAAGCGUGGAUUCUGGAAAUCCCAGAAUCCUCUUUGCCAGUCUUUUCUCUUGAGAGGACUACUUUAUUUUUUGUUGUUCGCACCAAGGAGAGAGGAAAAUGAGGACGGACCCAUUGGCCAAAGCAUGUUGUACAACCUUGAAAUGUGUCCUGCCUGCCUCCUGCAUUUCUGCCACUUUCUUCUGAAAGUUCAUUAAGACCAAUGAGUAGCUUUUAUUUUUUUAUUUAUUCAGUUAUUCUAUUGAUUCAGUAAAUGAUCAUCUUAGUAGAAUCAAUCCAUAGCUGUUUUUAACUGAUCACUAACAGUGACUCUUCUUUGAGAUGGAAACUGGACUCUCCUGCACGUACGCAUUAUGGUGACGGGGUCUCCCCUCGUUGGGACUUCCUGGUACACUCAGGAAUCCAGAGACCUCCCCAAAGGACCUACGACUGAGGACCUUAACUGGGACGGACCCGCUCGCACUUGCUGGACGUGUAUUUUCGGGGAGAAAAAGAUUCUGCCAUAGUAUUUUAUUUUUGUAUCAUUGCAGGCUGGUUUUGUUUGGUUGUAUUCGGCAUGUGUCCGCUCCCAUUACGCAACACCGAGAGUUCACACGCGUUAAUUCACAAGGACACACCUUCGUGUUCCUGUUAGUUUCUGUGUACCUACGUGUUUGUGGGAGUGUUCUUUUUGUACUGAUAUGCAUUUGUCUGUUCUGUUUUGUUUGUGUGUUUGUUUUUAUGUGUAUGCCUGUGCAUCUGUGUCUGUCACCGUGAUCCUGUGUAUGACAUGUUCUGGUGCCCCCCCCCGCUCCACUGCAAAUCUUGUUAAAGCAAAACAUGUCUAAUGUUGUGUGUGUCAGAGGAGCACAGUAGGCACUGAGUGCAAUGUGGCUA